AUGCCAUUCACAUUCAACCUCACAGACCAUUCUAAAGGGACUAAUAAAGUAUUUAAUGACAAAGAAAAUGAAUACACAUUUGAAUACCCAUGCUCAAGUACAUAUGAUUGUGCUCCGUAUGAAGUAAAUUUUCCACCAGGAAGUUAUCUUCUUGAAGUCUGGGGAGCACAAGGAGGUUGGUAUAAUAAAGCCGAUGAAUGCCUUGGUGGUUAUUCAAAAGGAAUUCUUUCUUUGAAAAACGAAACAAAAGGUUAUUUAUAUGUUGGCGGAAGAGGAACCGCAACUACUGUUCCAGGAAUUCAAAUGGGAGGAUUCAAUGGAGGUGGAAAUGGAUAUUUUUAUAGUGCAAAAGAAAUGUAUGGUGGCGGUGGAGGUGGAGCAAGUGAUAUUCGACUUGAAAUGGACUUAUUAACUACCCGUAUAAUUGCAGGGAGAAUUUGCAAUUAA